AUGGACAAGCUCAAAUCUUUCUUCCGCAAGAAGAAGGGCGAUUCCACCACUGCGCCCACCAAGACCGAACCCGCCAUCCCCAAGCCCACCACGACCACCACUGCCGCCGCGCCAUCUACUAGCGAGCCCACCGCUCCCGCUGCAGGCGUUGGUCCCAUUGAUCAAAAGGCUCCCGAACCCGCCGCUCCUGCCCCAGCUGCUGCUCCAGUUGCACCCCCAGCUCAGGUUGCCGACGCCGCUCCGAAGACCACAGCUAGCCCUGCUGGUGCUCCAUAG